CGCGGAGUGGCGGCCCGCGAGGCGGCAGGGCGGAGGGCCCGGGCGGCUGACGCUUCCCGGACCCGCGUUCUCCGCUGGUUUGGCCCAGGCCCUCACCCCUCCCCCAUUCAGCAACCCCACCCUGGGGCUGCGCGGUCCGGGUCGAGCUAGGACGGCCCACCCUACAUAUUUCAUUGCCGCUGUGACCCCUGCCCCGCCUUCUCCUUUUGGGCUCCUGGGACGCGGAUUUCUAGCCAAAGGGUCUCGAUAUGCCCCUUGACACCAUUCCUCUUGUCUGGCGCCUCACCCGACCCCAUCUUUGGUGAGCCUCCCCUGCUGGCCCAGAGGCACUUGUGAAGGCAAGUUCGGGCCCCGGCUGCGUCCUGUUUCCGAAGCCUCUUGAAAGCCGAGAAGACCCUUACCAUGGGUUCCCACUGACCUAGGCGAAGAGCCCCGGGGUCAUCCUAGUAUCAGCGCCGGGGGUUGCAGGUGCCAAGUGCUGAUUUACGGAUACCUAGGCAGAUCUGCAGUGCCUAAUGCCAUGAGUGUGGUGGUGCAGCAUGUGGAGGAAAAAGCUGUGCACUCCUGGUCGCGCAUCUCCACAGCAGGAAAGAAGGCCCUGGAAGAGGCGCUGCUUGUCUUUAACCCCAUGAGCCAGGAUCUCAGUGCCACAGAGGCCCAGCUUGUGGCCUUUCUACAGGGUCUGCGAGAUGAUGGCUUCCAACCUACCAUUCUACGCAGUGGUGAUGUCUAUGGGUAUAGUUCAUGUACAGCCAACCCUCCAAGCCAGACGAAACUACAAGCUCGUGCCCCCAUCUCAGCUGCCACAUCACCUCCAGCCAGUGCUCCCCGAACUGCCAUUCAGCUGCCCUCAGGCAGGGCCACAUUGCUCCCCAUGCCACUGUCUGGCAGGCUGGCCAAAGGGUCCACACCAACCCUCACCAAACAUGCUACCACCAAUCUGCUGCUGAGCUCCCUGAAGCAAUCAAGUGCCAGCCGUGCCAAGGGUGCAACAGUGGGCUUCCCUGCUCACCUCUAUCCAAGUGUCUACCCUGCUAUGCGGCUUUCAGUUGUCCUUGAGGCUCUGGUUCCACUCAAGACUCCCAUGCCUUGCUUAGGUGCUAGGCACAAGGCACAGUCACUAAGACUUUCACUUGCAGACUCUCCCCUGAAAUUGCGGAAAGGUUCAGGGAAGGGUCCAGGGAACCCCCAGCCCAAAGCUCCCAGAAAAACAAACAAGGGCCCCAAGUGUCUGACUCGCAAAGGCCCUGGGACUGGACCCCAAGGAGGCACUGGGCUCCAGAGCAAGACUUACAGAACCACUGGUUCUCUCAGUGAUCUGCAAAUGAAAGGGGGCUCUGCCCUGAGCACUAAAUCAGACCAGGCCAAGGCAGCUCAAACAGUGUCCAGAGCUGCCUAUGCCCAUGCCAGUGUGAUUCGAACACAGGCCAAGGCAGCCAAAGCUGAUGCAGCACAAGUCAAGGCUAAGGCCAAGGCAGUGCAGGCCAAGGCCAAGGCAGUCAAGGCCAAGGCCAAGGCAGUGCAGGACAAGGCAGUCAAGGACAAGGCAGUUAAGGCCAAAGCAGCUCAGACCCAGCCCAAGGGCAGGGGCAGGCCAAAGGGAUCUGCUCAGGCCAGAACUGCAAGGAAGGGCCAGAAAACCUACUCUGAGACUGUGGGGCAGAAGAGGAAAAGGGCUGAGGAAGCAAAGGACCUUCAUCCUAAGAAGAGAACACGGCUGGGGCCUCGAUCUCCUAAGUCAUGGCUGGGGCCAGCAACAGCAAAGCUCCUAAAGUUCCGGGCCAUAAAGGUAGACAGGCAGUCCUCAGAUGAUGAGGUUCGACAGCGGGCCCAACAGAUACUCCGUGUGAACCUGUCUCCUAUAAUAUGGCUCCAGCCAUUGCUGCCAUACUCAACAGCCUGAUUCCUUCAUACAGCAAUGUUUGAGAAAACAGCCCAACUGUGUGUGUGGCCAGCGGCACAGUGUGCCAUGCCUGUGGACUGCAACUUUGAGGAUUCUGGGUACCUCUCCAGGGCCCCUGCGGCUGCCAGUCUCCUUUCAGAAACUGGAGGAUUUGUGGUGGGGUGGGUAGUGGGAGGGGUGUUCUUAUGGCGCAAUGCACUGUGACUUGUUUUUCAAGUUGUAUGUCCACUGUUCCAUCUAUCAUGUUUUAUACCUUUCCACCUUCCGGUCUCCCUGCCCACCCUCCAUGGUCUUUUAUUGUGUGUGUGGCUGCUGGCAAGCCAGCUUAAGCAUAUAGGGAAAGUUGUCCCAGUCAGUUUGAGUGAUGGGGUAGGAAGGCAGAAAGGGGAAGCAUAGGCCUCUCUGGAAAGACUAGUGGGAAUUUGGAUACUGGCUUCUGUGGGUAUGUGAGAGACAGCUCAUGAGGGUACAGGCAAAGCCUCUGUGAGGUAGGAUACUUCACCUUGAGGCUGCCCUAUUUUUUAUCCAGUCAGACCCCGUAUAGUAGGACUGGGCAGCUCAGUGGGGAACCUUGCAGCUAGCAGUAUUUUAGGCCAGGGAAGGGAGACUUUGUGGUACUGCUACUGGGGGACAAAAGAUACCCUGGCUUUGUCUGGAAUGGGGCCAAGCUUAAAGGGGUUGAAGUGCCUCUGCUGAGAAUGCACUAGCUUGUUUCUCCAGUUGGUGGUAAAGGACUGGGCAUUCAGUUAGGACUAUAGAGCCUGCCUUCACUGACCAAAGAAUUUUCUUAGUUAUGUAGGAUAUCUGAGUUUCCAUCUCUGCUUCAUCAGCAGUGCUUUUCAAGUGCUUUGUUGACUCCCAGGUACAGUUUCACCAUGCCCCCCUAUCACAGACCUGUAUAUUUCAGGUGUUAUUGGCACAUCCUGCUUUGGAGGGAGGGCUGGGCCUUGAAUGCAACCAGCUGCCCUAUCCAUCUAUAGUUCAUCACUGAUUGCCCAGGCUAUAUAACAGUGGCUGAGCACAUAGGGAGGGAGACACAUUGCCCAAAGGCUCCUGGGGACAGCAUUUCAGGGAUGGAGGGGAGAGCUUUGUUUGGAUGAGAAUCAGAUCCUCUCUGUCUCUGGGUUUGUCUGAGCCCUACUAUUGCUAGUUUCCCUGAGUGGUGGGCCUGUGGAGAAGCUCUAGAUGUUCCCCGCCCCCUUUAUUCUGCCCCUGGGUACUGCUAAGUAAUUAACUAUUAACGUCCUUCCCCUGAGUGUAUUGUCCUCCCUUGGUUCCCCAAACUCUGAGGACAUCUUUGUAACCAUCUGUGCUGUAACCCUUCAAUCCUGCAUGCUACUUACCCUCUGGGUUCUGCUUUCAUUGUGAGAAUGGGAAAGACCUAAGGGCCACACUACCUCUUCAAGGGCUGCCUUUUGGGACCCACUCUGUAUUUUCCCUCAUGCCUGAUUCCAGGUCCCAGCAUUUAUGA